GGAAAACCAUGAUCAGUUUAGACCAAUAUAGAUUUCCUGUCUCUGACAACGUUAACCGUACACGGAAUCAGUCACUGAUUGACAGUACAAACAUGUUGUUGGUGUCUUAACUUUGCUCGACUUUUGUUACCUGCUGUCUGUGUGAGAUAUCACCAUAAGAGACAAUGCAGUUGAUGUUGUGUUGCUGUUCCCUGUGGCUGAUCAUCGUCCAUGGAUCAGUUGGUAACCGGACGUGUUCUGACCACUGUAGAGAAUACCGUAAAGAACAUAAAUGUGACCCAUCUAAAGGAGAGUGUAUACAUGGCUGCAAUCGAGGACGGUGGGGACUUUCUUGUUCUAAGUCAUGCAGCAAUAACUGCCGUAAUGAAACAUGUAAUCAGCAAACAGGAAGUUGCAUGGGUUGCAAAAAUGGCAAAACAGGUCGAACUUGCUCUAUUGAUUGUCCUCGUGGAUGUCAAGACAAUAUCUGUGCCAUAAAGGAUCAGAAAUGUGAGAACGGUUGCAAAACAGGCUACUGUGGGGAGAGAUGUGCCACUCCCUGUUUCCAUGUAUCUGUUGGACUUAUCACUGGUGCUGCGUUGGGAUGUGUGCUAGUUCUGGUUGUAGUCCUUGUUCUCAUCUGGGUGGUGCUGAGACGGUCUUGGAGACAACAUGAUCCUCCUCAGUACAGCGUUGUGAUGACAAGCCCAUGUACCUACCAGAAUGGCAGGAUCUGAGGAGUUGUAUGAUAUUAAUAAGAAGAUGAAAAUUACACGUGCUUCAGGCGUUGAGGGUGUAUUCAUCCACGAACUAUUUCGAGACCUAUGAACCUUGGGGGGCAUAUUCGUGGUGAGGUGAGGUGAGGUGAGGUGAGGUGAGGUGAGGUGAAAUGGGGUUUAACGUCGCGUCCAAGAU